AUGGAAGAAGUGAAAUUGCUCAAAUCUACAAUAAGGCCAUUAAAGAAGGAGUUGGAAUUGGCCCAAGAAAACUCAUCUCUGAAAGUAUCCAAAACCAAGACUCCCAAGACCAGCAACCAACAAAUUUUGAAAUAUUUUUCUCCAUCAACAUCACCUGAAAAAAGGUUGAAUGACACGUUCAAAUUAAAGGAUUUUAGAAAAAAUCAACUUGAAGCAAUUGUUCAAACACUGGAUGGAAAGGACGUUUUUGUAGUAAUGCCAACUAGUGGUGGAAAAAGCUUGUGCUAUCAAUUGCCUGCACUGAUAAAAAGAGGAAAAACCAAAGGUGUAACCAUUGUUAUUUCACCAUUGCAAUCACUAAUCAUUGAUCAAGUUUAUAAUUUGGAAAGACACAAUAUAUCAGCAUUAUGCUUAUAUAGUGAGCAAGAAGACAAAGAAAAACAAAAUGUCUACGCUGAACUUGAUAAAACUAUACCAAGUUCCAGGUUGCUAUAUUUAACUCCUGAAAUGUUAAAUAAAAAUAUAAAAAUUUCUUCAGCAAUAAGAUGUUUGUAUGAGAGAAACCAAUUAGCAAGAUUUGUGAUCGAUGAGGCUCAUUGUGUUAGCAAAUGGGGUCAUGGUUUUAGGCCAGAUUAUAAAAAAUUGCACAACUUGAAGGAAGUUUAUCAAGAUAUCCCUGUCAUCGCUUUAACAGCAACAGCAACUUCUGAAGUAAGAUCUGAUAUAAUAAAUAUUUUAGGAAUCCAAGGUUGUAAAGUUUUAGUGCAAGAAAUUAAUUGA